AUGGCAAAACGCCUGCCGCUUGAUCUUCAAGUCAAAGAUGAGAAUUCUUUCCUUGGCGAUCCAUUUGAGAAUUACUGUGAGGGAGCUUCGUUCAACAUUUUCCAAUUUCUUACAGAAGGCACCGAAGGAGAUACCCCGGUCGAUUCACCGCAAAAUCCCCGCCAACAGAAUCAACAACAGCAUUUACAACAGAAUGGGAAUCAGAGAAACGUAAUGUAUCAAGCCGGCCGUUUGCCCGAUUCGCCACCAAUCACCGAAGUGUCCGGGCCUGGCUCGUCCGCUUCUCCGCACAGCCGCAACUCCGACAGUCCCUACAGUCCACAAGAAUAUCAAUAUGGAGUAAUGCCUGGUCAUAAUGGAAACGGAUUGAUCUUGACGGCCGCUGAACUCCAACAAAAUCUCAUCAAUCCGCACACGGAUCUUUUCCAACAGCAAAUCCCCGGCAUGACUGGUCGUGUCAUUCAUCCACAUCCGUUAGCCAGCCCACCAUCAGUGAACAGCUACAUCAACUACCCGCAACAACCCACCCCGGCUAGUAUGACACAAGUCUCUCCCCAGCCAACCAAUCAACGAAUGAACGGGAAUUUUUAUGAUGAAUCGAUGAUGUAUCAGAAUAAUUCGGGUUCUGAUGGAUCAAUCAACUCAGCUGGUGUCCCGCCGGACUCAAAAAAAAGAAGAAUGCCAAUGCCGGUGAUGACUCACAACGGAAUGCAGCCGAUGUUGCAAAGUCCGGUUGGCACUGAAUAUGAUGAGAAUAUGUAUCAUACUUCGGAGCGAAUGAUUCAAUUCAACGAGUACAAGCCUGAGAUGUGGCAACCGCUCUUUGACGUCAAUCAUCAGCAACUAUCGCAUCUUGUGACUCAUGUCGUUGCUGAUAAAGGAUUCAAUUUCUCUGGAAUGGACACAUGUUUCGUGAAUCAAAAGAAAAAUCAUUUCCAGAUCACUGUCAACAUCGAGGCUCAAGACUCGCUACCGGCUCGUUUCGUUCGUGUAAACGGUGAACUCAAACCGAUCAAAGAGUUUCGAAUUGGAUUCGCUGGGGUGAAAUGGGAACUGCAAACGAGCGAAAUUGCGAUUAAACAAUCACAAACCGAUCGAAAACCUCAGCCACAUACACCUGUUCAAUUCGAGUUCAAAGAGCGUCAAUUAACGAAAGUGACUGUUCCACGUCUUCAUUUUUCGGAGACAACAAUGUCGAAUCAACGAAAAAGCGGAAAACCGAACCCGGAUCAACGCUAUUUCAUUCUAAUCGUUCGACUUUUUGCCGUCACUGAGCAAGGAGAGCAAAUCGUUUUCCAAAUGUUCUGCUCAGAGAAAGUGAUUGUCAGGGUUAGUUCU